GCAAAAAAUUGACAUUUCCGUACCAUGUUUUCGAGUGUUUUGAUUUCAGUCCUAAAUUUUGUGUAAAAACAGUGAAUGUAACUGUUUACCGGCUACAAACAACUCUAACUUUGAGGGGAAUGGCGUCAAUUAAAGAGGCGAUUAGGCAUUAUCAAAGACGAAUCGAGAGAUUUGUGGAAAAUGAGACAAUCCUACUGCAUUGCCUUGAGAAGCUGAACAAAUUGCCCGUCGUUGUGAAAUACUUACAAGAGACUAGGGUGGGAAGUACUGUGAAUAAUUUGAGGAAACAUGAUGGAAAAGUUGGACUCGCGGCGGCAGCAUUGGUCGCAAAAUGGAAGAAAGAAGUUGAUUCGAAGUCAAGCGGUGAGCACGAACGACGGCACACAAACGACACCAAAAACGUUGAACCCAGUGCAGUGUUGAACAAAGUCACAGACAGUCAAGAAACUAACGGCACACCAAACAGCGAUUCAGUUAACUAUCCGUCUGACAGCAGAUCUAGUCGUUCGGAGAAGUCUCAGGAAGAAUCUAAUCGAUUGGAAAGGAAGAGUGGUAAGAAGUGUGAUGAGACAAGGUCUUGUACUAGCACCAGUUCCGUAUCGAAUAGUAAAGACAUGCGGGAAAACGGCAGCACUGAAUCGAGUCAUCGCAGAGACAAAAGGAAACACUCAAAACAAAGAGAAUGUGAAGAAACGAAUGGCAAAAAACGCAAAUGUGGACCUGAUCUCAUCGAUAUAGAUUAUACGAUGGGUACUAGUUUUGCCGAGGCGCUUGGAAUGUUGGAUAUGCCGUCAACGUCUAAAGCGAGGAAACUACUCACCAACAAAACCUCUCCAUCUAAUACUUCACCCUCCAGACUUGGCAAGCGUUCCUCGUUCGACGAAACGCCGAUACUCUUAAAAAAUCGACCGAGACUAGACCCUCCACAGGACAUUGCUGCCGAACUGCUAUUGCCCAACACAAGUUCUGCCACAGAGGUGAUAACACGAGAAUAUGUGUCCAGACAGCCCAGAAAGCAGACAAUCCAAAUGACCGAUGAAGAGACGAUCAGCCAUAGCAUCACGUCGCGCACGGUAAAAACCAAAGUUUUUUCCGGCAAUAAAGCGGAUAAGAGCAAGGUGACUACUCUGUUCGAAAUGUGCAUUCGCAUUUUGCAAGACAAUAUUGAUCUACUCGAGUUCAUUGGAGGCGUUCCGUUUGAUAUAUUGCGUCCGGUCUUAGAACGGACCACUUGCGAGCAAUUAAUGGCUUUAGAGGAUUACAAUCCGUAUCUGAUGGAAGAUACGCAUUGUCUAUGGGAACAGCAUUGCAAACGCAGAUUUCGAAGCAAAAGUCGAGAGGAGCUAGAAACUUGGCGUGACAUGUACAUUCGCUGCCUUGACGAGGAACAGACCAAGUUCAAUAUAUUAACGGCCAGCAUUAAACUGUCGAAAGAGCGUCAAACCAAGCCGGCAUUCGUUGACACAAAUGCACCUGUGAAGCCCAAAGGGAUGAAGAGUUCGGCUCUUCGAGUAGCGGGACCCGUCGGUGAUAGCAAAUUACAAAACGUCACAAAAUUGAAAGAUUCAACUCAAAAACCAAAACGGACCAAACAAUUGAACGAUGAUCCUGAUUGGACGCCCACCACUUGGUACAAAACGUUGUACAAAAAGCCGAAGGUCCCAAAACCGGUAAAACCACCAAAGCCACCAAUCAAGAAGACUAUCGAUAUGUUGCGCUACGAUCGUGCUAGAGCGCUCGAACACAAGAAAGAGGAAUGGAAAAAGAGGCCUCGAUAGAACGAUGCCAUCAGUUUAAGUAACACAACACACAGACAGGAAUCAUUCCGCGUAGAGCCGUUAUUGAUUCUACUACACCUGCAAAUAUUGACGAUUUGUUAAAUGUGUAUCAGUGUCAGCGUUAUUUGUCUAGUCGUAUUGCAGAAAGUAAGACUGACAACUGGUAAUGUUGCUAUACUUAGGGAAGAAUGGAAAACCAACCGAAUUCAUGUUUGCUAAGUGAACCAGUCGUUGACAAUAAACAUAAAAUAAACUCGAUUUCA